GAAUAUAAUUUGAUAUUUGGAACCUGUUAUUGCAGGUGCCACGUUAUUAUACAAACACCAAUAUCAAAUUGCAUUUCGAAAUUUCACCUCAAGUAAUAUUCUAAACAAUUAUAAAAAUGUUUCGAUUCAUUUUUUGUCUUUUGUUUCUCGUGUCCCUGACCUUUGCGGUGGGUUCUGGAAGCCAGACAGGAACAAAAUACUCAAGAGACUGCAAAUGUGGACCGACUGAUAGCUGCUGGCCGUCGCAACACUCAUGGCAAUCAUUGAACGCGUCAAUCUCUGGAAAACUGAUCGAAGCGAUACCAGCCGCGAUUGUUUGUUAUCCAGGACCACAACAAAACCUAGACGCAUGUUCUACAGUUGUGAAAGAAUUGUCGGACGAGGAGCUCGUUGCGAAUGAUCCAAUUGCUCUAGAUACCCCUAUCAGCAACUUCUGCCCACCAGUCGAUUUUGCGACGGGAGGAAUUCCAGGAAAUUGCUCGAUUGGAGAUGCUCCUCGAUACGUUGUGAAUGCGACGACGCCUGAAGAUGUUUCUAAAGGCGUAGCUUUCGCUAGGAAGCAUAACAUUAGGUUGGUGGUUAGAAAUACUGGCCAUGACCUGUUGGGCAGAUCCACUGGUUAUGGUAGUCUGGAGGUUUGGAUUAGAUAUCUCAGACAAGGUAUCAUCUUCCAAAAUACAUAUUUACCCUCAGAUGACUGCAAAUCUUCGAAUUGGGAAGGAAGCGCAUUUAAAAUUGCUGGAGGUUAUGUCUGGGAAGAUGUCUAUACAGAGGCCACGAAACAAGAUGUGAUUGUUGUAGGAGGUGGUGAUCCGACUGUAGGAUGCAUCGGAGGCUGGUUUCAAGGAGGAGGUCAUUCACCUGCAUCUCGUGACUAUGGCCUUGGCGCCGAUCAAAUACUCGAAGCUGAAGUGGUCCUUGCAAACGGAGAAAUCAUCACUGCAAAUAGCUGUCACAAUCAAGAUAUCUACUUUGCCAUUAGAGGUGGAGGGGGUGGAACAUAUGGAGUGGUCGUAUCAACAAUUAUCAAGGCGUAUCCAACGACAUCGAUUUCUGCCCAGACAUUAGCCGUUGCCCCAUUGACCGAUACAGACAUACCAGUAUUUAUGACAGCCUUGUCAUUGAUAUACUCUGCAUAUCCAGAUCUCAAUGACGCCGGCUUUUCUGGAUAUGGAAGUUGGGCGGUGCAGAGCUAUGCACCUGUUUUUGGAAACUUCACAACCGGGUAUCAACAUGCCAUAGCCGUGGCAGGAAAAUCUCUUCCCGAAACCCAGGAAAUCUUUGAAACAUUAAUGUGCAAGCUUGAGCAGUACAACACAAGUCUCGUUAUCAGCCCGAAUUAUAUGGAAUUUCCUACAUAUGCAGAAUACUACCAGGCACUUUCUGGUACUAAGAGUGCAGCAGGCGUUGGAACUGGGGCUUUCGGUGGGCGCCUCUUGGACCGUACAGCACUGACAUCUUCUCAGACCGAUCUCAAUGAGAUGCUGAACGUAACUGCUGGGUCACAAGGACAAUUUGCUUUUACUUCGGUAUCUCUGGUCGGGGGCGGUCAAGUUUUUGUCCCCGAUGAAAACUCAGGAUUGAAUCCCGCAUGGAGAUCUUCAUACAUACACAAUAUCGUAGCACGCGGAUGGACUGCAGAUACCAACGAGGCCAUCGUACAAGAAAUUAGGGACGAUAUAACGUACACUAAAAUCGGAGCGAUGAAAAAGCUGGCGCCGGAUACCGGAUGUUAUAUGAAUGAAGCGGAUAGAUUUGAUCCAGAUUAUUUGCAGGAUUUUUAUGGUAAGAGUUUGCCAAAGUUGGAGGAAGUGAAGAAGAAUUACGAUAGUGAGGAUGUAUUCUAUUGUCCAACAUGUGUUGGGAGUGAUAGAUGGGUUGAGGACGCGACUGGAAGAUUGUGCCGGAGGCAAUGAGCGACUGAUGGUGCGUUGUGGUGAAACCAUUCUGGUCUUAUAUAAUGAAGGGUGUGCCUAGACUUCUAGAUAUGCUAUCAUAAUACAUUACACCCCAUCUAGAAGGCA